UUUGAGGGAAUAAGCACAUGUUUACAGAAGUGUUUGUUUCUCGGCGCUUGGUUUAGCAGUUUGACAGUUGAAAGAACUCAGUAUGAAGAUCGAAGAAGUGAAAAGCACAUCGAAGACUCAGAGGAUUGCAUCUCAUAGCCAUAUUAAGGGUUUAGGACUGGACGAAAAUGGCUAUGCAAUUCAGUCUGCUGCCGGUUUGGUGGGACAAGAACUUGCGCGAGAGGCUGCUGGUGUUAUUGUGGAGUUGAUCAAGUCAAGAAAGAUGGCUGGCAGAGCUGUACUUCUGGCAGGACCACCAGGGACAGGAAAGACUGCAAUUGCACUGGCUAUUGCACAAGAAUUGGGUAGCAAGGUGCCAUUUUGUCCCAUGGUUGGAAGUGAAGUGUAUUCCUCUGAAAUUAAGAAGACUGAAGUGUUGAUGGAAAACUUCAGACGAGCCAUUGGACUUAGGAUAAAGGAAACUAAAGAGGUUUAUGAAGGGGAGGUGACUGAGCUAACCCCAACUGAGACAGAAAAUCCAAUGGGAGGUUAUGGUAAAACUGUGAGCCAUGUUGUAAUAGGGCUGAAGACAGCUAAAGGCACGAAACAGCUGAAACUAGACCCAUCUAUUUAUGAAAGUCUCCAACGAGAAAAAGUGGAAAUUGGGGAUGUCAUUUAUAUCGAGGCCAACAGUGGGGCAGUGAAGAGACAAGGAAGGUCAGAUACUUAUGCCACAGAGUUCGACCUGGAAGCAGAGGAAUAUGUACCACUUCCCAAAGGGGAUGUCCACAAGAAGAAAGAAGUUAUACAAGAUGUGACAUUGCAUGACCUUGAUGUGGCUAAUGCAAGACCACAAGGAGGCCAAGAUAUAAUGUCAAUGAUGGGGCAACUGAUGAAGCCGAAAAAAACAGAAAUUACAGACAAGCUUCGCAAGGAGAUUAACAAAGUUGUGAACAAGUACAUUGACCAAGGCAUUGCAGAGCUGGUACCUGGUGUCCUGUUUAUUGACGAGGUUCACAUGCUGGACAUAGAAUGCUUCACCUAUCUCCACCGUGCCCUGGAGUCAACAAUUGCACCCAUUGUUAUCUUUGCAACAAAUCGGGGAAAGUGUACCAUACGAGGAACAGAGGAUAUAGUGUCUCCACAUGGUAUUCCCUUAGAUUUGUUGGACCGACUGAUGAUCAUCCGAACGCUGCCUUAUUCGCAGGAAGAAAUGACCCAAGUGUUGCGAAUUCGGGCUCAGACUGAGGGAAUACAGAUCAGUGAAGAGUCAUUGCUGCAGCUGGGAGAGGCAGGUGUGAAAACCACAUUAAGGUAUGCUGUCCAAUUACUUACCCCAUCGAACAUUUUAGCAAGGAUCAAUGGGAAGGAAGCCAUUGGCAAGGAGGAAAUAGAGGAGAUCAAUCAGCUGUUUUUCGAUGCCAAGUCCUCAGCAAAAAUUCUAGCAGAUCAGCAGGAUAAAUAUAUGAAAUAGUAACAUGGUGAAGCCGAUAUAUUAUUGACAACCAGAAGACUUCAUUUGUGCCAUGUUGUAAACAGCUGUUUUGAAGACAACUGCUUGACUCUUAUGCUAUUCAGGAUAUCACAUCAGAAUUAAAUAUCCUGAACACCAUAUCCUAGCAUCUUCUAGAGAGCAAGUGUUCGAAAGACAUCUUCAUUACCUUUCAUCUUUACAUACACUUCAGAAAACUGAAUGCAUUUGAACAGUAUUUAUGGAAAUGUCUUCAUUCCCGUAUAAGAUUUGUCCUGAUGUGUUCAAUGUGUUUAUUGUUGUUUUGGGCUUAUUUGCCGAAAACUCUCUUAGCCCGAGAUCACCUUAGCCAGCACAGCAAUGUUAACACGGUAAUAAAUACGUUGUAUCGCAUAGACAGAUGCAUUGGUGAGGGUACAAAGUGGUUUACAAAACGUUAAGGGGAGAUAACUCAGGUGAAUACCGGUGGGCCACGUGUCGAGGUGAACAGUGUUCUGCUUGUGCUCACGUAUCGACCUGUUAGUUCAUGGGAUCUAAAUUAUUAAAGUGAAUUACUACUUGUGCCAACAAAGUCCUGUAACAAGCGUGCCAGUGUUGAAGAAAAAGGUUGAAGUAUAAUUUCUGCUCCCUAAAAUUACAGCAAUAACACCAUGCAGACAAAAUAUGAAUUAGAUGUACACCGUAAUAUUAAAUUGUUUUGAGGAAUAAGAUAUUGCUAUGCUACUUGACUUCCAAUUCAGACAUUAUAUGUGAGUAAUAAUCCAUGUUCAUGAAGUCUUAAACAAUAUUGCUCGCUCAUUGUUUGUACAGCUGAUAGAUCUGAUUCUUUUGUGUUGUCUUCAUGGUUAAAUCAACAUAAAUCCAUUCAU